AUGAAGUCUGUAUCUGUGACUCUGUUGCUUAUCUGCACAGUGUUAGCACUGUCUGCGGUUGGUCAGGGGCAAAAACUGUCAGAAAUAAAGAAAAAGGCCCUGGUGUUAGUGAGGGAAGACUUACAUAGCAAAAACACCACCAAACAUGCCUACCGUCUGAUCGCAGUACUGAAAGCAACUGAAGAACAUAUUUACAUUGACACAUUUGUGAAAAUUGAAGCUAAAUUACAACAGACCACUUGCAAGAAGGAGUUUCACGAGAAAAAGAAAUGCCGGACCCUUCCUAGAGGGAGUAUAGAGCACUGCACUGGCUGCUUUGUUUUCGAAAAGAAUUCCCAUGUGGUCCUGUCGCAGUACAUCGACUGCUGUCCUGAAACUUCCCUGACAAUGGACCAAGAAAAUGUGAGAAUAGUAUCCUGUGAAAAUAUGGUGAAAAAGUAUCUGCCAGGAAGCAUGACUUUUCUGUUGGCAUCAAACCCAUACCAUGCUGUAACUCGUAUCAUGGAGGAGGCUUUGCCCGCUACUGCGCCGCCCCCCCCCCCUCAGUUAUAUAUUGGACACCUUGAAACCCUAAAUAAGAUAGAAACUUAUCAUUAAAGUAACUUCCCACUAAAGUCAGAUUUUUAAAAAAAAGUAGCUUUAUUGCACAACCACAUACAACAAAUCUAUUUUUCAUUGAUCGUAGGCUUGUUGAAUGCUUAAAUAUUUUAGAAUACGAAGUUUAAUUACGUGCAGUAAAUAAGGUAGUAUUUGUGUUUUAUUUUAUUAAAAUCAGUGGGGGCUUUUUGGUUACUGAUGCACGCUUUAUGGGUUCUAUAAUGUCCUAGCAACUAAAGGCAUUCCUUAAAAAAAACACUUUUCCGGAUUUGGGCCGCAUUGGAUCAUGGUACUUGAAGUUUCAGGGAGAUUGCAUUCCAUUUGCUGGUAUCAGGGAGUCUUUAUUUAGCUAUCUCCUAUAUUUGUAUUUAUCGUCUAUCUGUCUCACAUGUUUCUAUCUAUCUAUCUUACAAAGCUAAUUUAUAUUUUAAGAAGUGACUGAAAAAUUCACCUGCAAAAUGGAAUUAGCAUUAUAUCACUAUAAAUGUUAAAAGGCUCAACAAUGUUUUGUCAUGAAAGAGCAGUUGACAAUAUUGACUGUUUUUACCUGAAAAAAAUAUGAAGUUAAAGCUCUUUAAAUAUAAAUUAAUAAGCCUGUA